AUGGAAUGUCCCGUGUUGGGCACCGUGGAGGCCCCGGACAGCGGAGGGGCAGGGCCAUACAACAUCUCGGAGCAGCGGGAGGGCCGGGAACCGGACGGGGUGCGCUUCGACCGCGAGAGGGCGCGCCGCCUGUGGGAAGCGGUGUCCGGGGCCCAACCUGUGGGGAGGGAGGAAGUGGAGCACAUGAUCCAGAAGAACCAGUGUCUCUUUACCAAUACCCAAUGUAAGGUUUGCUGCGCCUUACUCAUUUCUGAGUCUCAGAAGUUGGCACAUUACCAGAGCAAAAAACAUGCCAACAAAGUGAAGAGAUACCUAGCAAUCCAUGGAAUGGAGACUUUAAAGGGGGAAACGAAGAAGCUAGACUCAGAUCAGAAGAGCAGCAGAAGCAAAGACAAGAACCAGUGCUGCCCCACCUGUAACAUGACCUUUUCCUCCCCUGUCGUGGCCCAGUCACACUACCUGGGGAAGACCCACGCAAAGAACUUAAAGCUGAAGCAGCAAUCCACUAAGGUGGAAGCCUUGCACCAGAACAGAGACAUGAUAGACCCUGACAAAUUCUGCAGCCUCUGCCAUGCAACUUUCAAUGAUCCCGUCAUGGCUCAACAACAUUAUGUGGGCAAGAAACACAGGAAACAAGAAACCAAGCUUAAACUCAUGGCACACUAUGGACGACUGGCGGACCCAGCUGUCACUGACUCAUCAGCUGGGAAGGGCUACCCCUGCAAGACGUGUAAGAUAGUGCUGAACUCCAUAGAGCAGUACCAAGCUCACGUCAGCGGCUUCAAGCACAAGAACCAAUCACCAAAAGUAAUGGCUUCACCCCUGGGCCAGAUUCCAGUGCAAGGGCAACCCAUUAAGAAAGACUCUACCACCUUGGAAGACUAG